UCCCAGAACAAGUUUAGCUUCACUCGGUCACUCGGUUCUGCGUUUAUUCAAAACCCCUUAAAGACUUGUUCUUUAUAGUCGUGAUUGUUCGAAAAAUGGAUAGGAAUUCUAAUGGUGAUGAAGAACCCAGCUCGUGGGAAGAGCUUUACAGUAUCAAUUUGAUACCAUCAGAGUUGUUUCUCAAGUUCAGGAAAGAACUACAGGGUUUAAGGGUCGGUCUCAAUUUGGAGUUCUAUAAUGCUCCAAUCAAUGAGUAUCAAGCAAAGAUUGUGUUAAAGCCCUUAGCUCCGGAUCGGAGGUGGAAGUUCAUCUAUGAGCCUAUCCGUCAAGAUGUCCGUGUUCUUUCCAAGAAGAUUCCUCUAACUAACUUUCUAAAUCUUCAGGUUGGCGUUGGCCAUAAUUUUCGAAUGAAUGCAACUGGAUGGAAAUGGAAGCUUACUACAUGUUUUGGUGGAGAUGGCAUAUCUCGGAUUCGGAAUAAGACAUCACUUGGCGUAUGCCCUGGUGUAGAUUUGCGCUUUGGGUGGAGGGCGGAUUAUGUACUUCCAGAAGUUACUGGGGCUCUGGGUACUGGCGAAGCAUUGUUUAACAUGAGUAGUGGGAAAUUGGAAGCAUCACUGGACAGAGUUGAGGGCAUUCUAACGCACAAUGAUAAGGGCAUUCUAACUCACAAUGAUACACCCGAUCUAUACGACUAUAAUGACCAGGAGCCAGCAGAGGACUGAAACAGAUGAAACCACUCAUUGCAGUGAGCACACCAUUCCUCAAAAAAUGGAGUGACCUUCGUUAUACUAUCACGCCUCAAGCUUGUUAGUGUUUUCAAUGAUCAUUCAAUAUGGGGUCAUCAUGUAAAUGAUGUUUAAAUUUAAGCAGUUAAAAGUUUUCAAGUGUU